AUGUCCAUCCACAACUGGAGAGAGACUCGCAACUGGUCAUUCGGCUUUGGGGGUGUCUCCUACAGGAAUCUUCUCACUAUUUAUGCCAUUUGUGGACAACAACGAAUUGAGAUCGCACUCCAGCGCUUUAACGCGGGAGGGCGUGUCCCCGUCACUAUCAAAUCAGAUCAGGAGCACGGUGACUGUACCGUAACGUAUACUUCUCCUGGAUCCUGGCGUGAGCGGAAACUGGAUGAUAUCGGCCCACAUGGUGGUUUAUGGAAAGAUCGUGCAAAGGAGACAAUAGCUAGUCUGGAGCCAACAUUCGGCCGUCUACGGCCUCUCAUCAUCAACUUUGACACGAUCAAGGCAUGGGUGCAAAUCUGCGAAAGGGAACAUGAUAUCUGUCAGCAUCAAGGAGAUGACUUCAGUAUUCCAAAGAUCCGGUUGAUAGAUGUGAAAAACAUGUGCGUCAAAGAGUUUUCUGGACAAGCCAGACCGCCGUUUGCGACCCUGAGCUAUGUCUGGGGUACACGGCCAUUCUUACGCCUAACCACCGAUAUCUUACCAGAUUUUCUCCAAGUCGGAUCUCUCCGAAAGAAUAACUUGCCUCUCACGAUAAGUGACGCGAUAAUUGUUUGUGAAAACUUAGGGAUCGAUUACAUCUGGGUGGACAGCUUUUGCAUUCUUCAAGAUGAUGAGUUUGACAAGAUCCAAAUUAUCGACAAGAUGGACUCCAUUUAUCGCGAGAGCGUCUUGACAAUCGUCGCUGCAACAGGGACGGACGCUCAUUCCGGCAUCCCUGGAGUUCGCCCGAAUACCCGUUUUCUCGAGCAGCGAGUCUUGAGCGUGAGGGGAGUGCAACUUGUGGACUCGGUCGACCAUAAUCAGUUUCGAAUGCAGACUAGAUUUCAGGAACCAGAGUGGAUAUCAAGUACGCCAUGGGCAAGGCGAGCCUGGACGUUCCAAGAAGCUCUUGUCUCCCGUAGAGCGCUUUUCUUCACCCCAGAGCAAGUGUAUUGGAGCUGUCGCGAGGGUCUCCUGAGCGAGGACACAACGGAGCACUUUGGAUUGAAGAAGGACGAAUAUGAAAGGAGAAUACGCUUGGACGACGAAUUCAGUCCGCUGGAAUAUAAGAAUAUCGCCAUCACGUUUUCAACUCGAAGGCUUACUUUUGAAGCCGAUAUUGGUCGUGCAUAUUUGGGGACUCAAAAUUACUUGGAUAAAAAAUGGGGUGGUCAUAGAUUCUCCUGGGGGCUACCUCACGGCGCCUUUGGAUCGUUUCUGAUGUGGGAGUGGGGAUUUAUGACAGAUAGGCGAAAACGAGAGGGGACUCAUCCAAUGAGACUGACAGAUGGAUCUAUUGCGCAUGUUCCUUUCCCAAGUUGGUCAUGGAUGGGGUGGACCGAAGGUCAACAGCUUAUUGACUUCUUUGGGGAUGAGCCAGACGCCCACAGUCCCUCAUUCUUUGUGUUUGAUUCAUCCAAUACCCUCCUGGUGGUUGAGGAUGGAGCACACUGGAUGAGUAAGCCCAAGUCUCUUGUAGACUUGUUAACAACGGACCGGGAUCCAACGGAUGCCAACAUUGAAUUCGAGACAGAAGUGAAGGAAAAUGAUAUUCCCCCAGAAUUACACGCAAAUUUAUCACUUCGACAAAGUGCUUUGAUCUUCUACACGGAAACGGUGAAGGUCAAGUAUGAUCUAUCGUCUGGGUUCAAACCGAAAGGGUCGCUCGAUACCCCUUCCAAUUUAAAAAUGAUCAGUCAGACGUACCCAUUCUCCAUCAAGAUCGGCAGCAAGUUCUACGAAAUUGUUGAAACAAAUCGAAAUGAUGCCAAUGAUAACAAACAAUUAGAAGAAAUUGAGCUAGUGGCUGUGUUUUCCGGACAGAUGACCAAACCAAGGAAGCUUCGUGGGCAAUACAGAUUAUACUGUUGGCCAGUUUUCAGGCAAGGAGGAUUGAGAGUGAGGGCAUCGUAUAUGGCUACUGUAAUUUUCCUCAAGCUGUGGAAUAUUCUGCCCCAGCGCAAUUGGGAAAUGGUAACUAUGAUCUAG